CAGGGCCGCAGGGGUGGGAGCCCUGGUGCUGGUGGCUGCUGGGACACGCCAGCAAUGGCUGCAGAUCUCAUCACGGUGGAGGCCACCCCGGGGGGGCAAUGCGGGGGCCAGGGCUGGCCCUGCUGUGCAGGCAGAAAGCGCCCGGCAGCAGCAUGGCGGGGACAGUGCUGCCCCUCUGCCUGCUCCUGGCUGCUGCCAUGCAGGGUGGCCUGACCCAGGCGCCGAGACCCGCAGCCCGUCCCGGCCCCUUGCUCCUGCGGCUGCGGCGGCUGGAGGAGCAGCUUCACCGGCUCCAGGAGGUGACAUUGAGCCAUCUCCAGAGCAUCGCUGGCAACUACAACAUCUCCUACAACAUCGACGGACGCUUCCAGGUGCUGGCAGAGCAGGUGGAGGCGGCUGCCGCUGCCCAGGCUGCCCUGGGUGCUGAGCUGGCCCGUCUGGCCUCUGCUGGCCGGCGGCUGCACCGCAGGCUGAAGCGGCUGGAGAGGACAGUGGGUGUCCUGAACCUGCCCCACCGCCCACUCACCCACCCACCAGGUGCACCGGCGGACACUGGCUCCAAGCCACACGGCCUGCCAGAUGCUGCCCACAGCUGGGAGCAGGAGCCACAGGGCUGGGUGGCCCCCAGCACUGCCAGCCCCCAGCACCUGAAGGCAAGGUGGUGGCAGCAACUCCGGCAGGAGAAACAUCACCCGCUGCCAGCUGAUGCUGGGCCUGGUGGAGCACCUGAGGAGGAUGCAGACCCCCCUGGUGAUGCGGCACUGGAACCCCAAGCCAUGGCACCAGCACUCCUCACCAUGACCAUGGUCACCCAGGAGCAGCCACCAGCCCCACAGCAGCCAGCAGAGGGUAGGUACAGCCCCCCUGCCCCAGCGCCCACCUCCCCAACCUGCCACACCGGCAGUGUCCUGCUCUUCCCCAACACCUCUGCUGAGAAUGUGGCCAUCCUGGGGCCAGGGCUGCACGGGGGUCUGCAGGCACUGUCACUCUGUGCCUGGCUGGCCACCCCAGCCCCCCACCUUGGUGCCCUCCUCUCCUAUGUCACCGAGGACGGCAGCAGCAAGCUGGCCAUGCGUGACCACAGUGGGGACCUCCCUGGCUCCGCACGCUUCGUCAUCGGAGAUGGGUUUUUUCGGGAGCUCCCGGUGAUGCCGCUCCUGGAUGGCAAGUGGCACCACCUCUGCCUCACCUGGUCCUCCAGCCAGGGCCGGUACCGCUUCUAUGUGGACAGGCGGCUGCUGGCUGCUGGCUCUGGCUUCCAGCAGGGCUAUGAAAUUCCUGCUGGUGGCUUGCUGGUGCUAGGCUGGGAGAAGGAUCACCCUGGCAAGGGCUCCAGCACCGCAGAAGCCUUUGUGGGUCACCUGGCUGGCCUGGCCCUCUGGAGCCGGGCUCUCCUGCCUGGAGAGGUGGCCAGCAUGGCCACUGGCCAGGGUCUGCCCCGCAGGCCCCUCCUCACUCUGGCCGAUGCCUCUCUGCAGGGCGGGGUGCGGAGGGUGGCAGGUCCCUUCCUCCGGCACUGCCUGUGACAAGCCCAGCAGCAGGAAUGGUGCCGGCUCCUCGCGCUCAGGGCUGUCUUGCACAGCCUGGCUGGCACAAGCCACAUCCUCCCAGGGCAAUGGGACACCAGGAGGAGGGGUCAUCUCGGGACUGGGACCAUCAGAGGUUCGGUAAAGGGACUUUGGCAACCAGGGUGCAGCAGGAGUGAGACCCAGUCCGGGGGCCUGUCCCAAACCUGAGAGAUUGUCAGCUCCCGUCCCCAGAGGAUGUUCA